AUGUCUGCCUUCAUGUACUCCCACCAACAACAACACCACCAACACCAACACCACGGUGCCCACAUGCCCUCAAAUAACCACCAUGGUCGUUCUCGCCGCGCUCCCAAGAUGGCUGCUCAGAAUGCCCAGCGUCAGUUCCGAGGUGUCAAGAGUAUGCGUGAGCUGGCCGAGGCUCCCGCUGUCACUGCCUUCCGGGCUCGUUUCGAGGCCGGUCGGUCCUUCGACCUCGACGAUGACCUGGAGUUCUGCCCCAACCUUUUGACCGACGAAGAUCUGCACUCUAUCCACUCCGCCUCUUCUGACCGUUCUUCUUUGUCGAGUGGUUCGCCAGAUACCUCGCCUCUGCAGCACCAGAUUCAGCCUGUGCAGCAGGUCACACCGGCUAUCUCGCUUUCUCCCGGUUCCGCCAACUCUUUCGUUCACGGAGUCGGCAACCACAACCAGAUGAGCUACCAGCAGCAGCAGCAACAGCCUGCUAACCGGACCCGCAAGGUCAUCCCUAUCAUCAACCCCAACACUGGAAUGUCUUUGGCUAGCCCACCUUCAUCGAUCUCUCCCGCGAUGAUGCAGACAGCUCAGCGUAGAUGGUGA